AUGUCUGAAGAGGACAUCGACGCUGUUCCGCAACUAGAGGACCGUCUGUUAGGCAGGCCAGUACUAGGUUCAUCAGCUCCUCACGCGCCUACAAGUUUCCUAGAUUGGACAGACGACGGGCACGACGUCGAUGAGGUCCGAACCAUAAAAUUACCACCUUUUUGGAAACAGAACCCUGCGUCAUGGUUUGCGCAAAUAGAGGCUCAGUCUUAUUCCCAUCGGAUCCGAUCAGAAGAUUCCAAAUUUUUUACUGCUGUCGGAGCGCUGGAUUCAGCUGUGCUCAACAACAUCGCAGACAUAAUUCUGUCACCCCCAAAGCUAGAUAAGUACCAAAUAUUAAAGGAAAGACUUAUUGCCUGUUUCGCCGAUUCCGAGGAAAAACGCAUGAGGACUCUUCUCACGGAACUAGAACUGGGAAGCAAACGUGCGUCACAGUUUUUAUGGGAAAUGAAGACCCUGGCAGCUGACAAGGCCACUCCAGAAAUCUUGCGUUCAUUGUGGAUGAAACGAAUGCGUGUCAAUGUAAGGACUAUUUUGUCCGUUAGCAAAGGCGUAGCGCUGACAGAACUAGCGGAGAUGGCGGACAAAAUCAUGGAGGUAAGCGAGCCGUCAUACAUUGUUGCUCCUGUAGAACCAACUGCCACACGGCCGACAAAGUCGUCGCUGGAGCUACAAGUUGAAGCAUUAUGCAAGGCUAUCAAUGAGUUGGUCGUAAAGCCGAAUCAAGAUAACCGUCGUUCCCGAUCUCGGUCCCGUUCAAAUUCUAAGAGCAAGGACGAAUAG